GUGUUUUAAAAUCAUUAACAAUUAUGUAAAAAUUACAAGAGAAAGCAAUAUUUUGUUCCGUCAAUUUCUGUUUUAUGGUGUGUCCGUAUUUGUAUAGAUGACGUAUUAGUGACUAACGUCAGAUAGCAAAAAGAAAAAAAUAACACAACAGCUAAACAGUAGGGAAUAAAAACCAUAGUUUGUAAAUUUGUGCGUUCGAAUUCAGUCACUCAUAACUGCCCGAGUGAUGCCAGAAGCAUUUGAUACAUUUGUGAUCCGAUGCAAAUUUUCGUCUAUCCUGGCUUAAAAACGUAUUUCAAUUUUUCUAAAGUUACUUAAAUUUUAAAAUGAAAAAUUUUUUAUUUAGCAAUUAAUAUAACAGAAUUUAAAUUUCUUUUAUGAAAUUUCUUUAAACAAUUGGGCUAUACAUAGCAAUCUGGCAAUCCAGCAAUCCAGCGAUUCGCUACCCAAAGGGAAUAAGAAAAAUUCCGAUUGCCAAGAGUGAAAAUACGUGAUGAUUAUGAGGCAGAAAAGUAAUUGAGCAAUUUGACUUUUGUUCAUAUUCGAGCAUAUUUGAUUUUGUAUUCAGUUGUAUUUUCUCAUAAUUUUUACAUAAUUUCUGCGGUUUAAACUAAAAAGAAGAUAUUCUCCCCUAAAAGAAAAGAAAGUGGAAGUUGUUAAAUGUGAGAAGUUUUCGAAAGCAAAUAGCCUAAACUGUUUUGGGAGUCAUCGAACUGCAUCUGUGUCUUCGUUCCAACGACUGCAUCGUCUACCUACGUAAACGGCUGCUACAUAUACCAAAUUGCUUUUUAGCAUUUUAAACGAAAUUUGCCACACCUCAAGUUGUAUUUAAAAUUUACCUGUGAAAUCUGACAACAUGGUGGACCGUCUAGUAAACUCAGAAGCAAAUUCCAGGCGCAUUGCUAUGGUUGAGAGUUGCUUCGGCAGUUCCGGUGUACCAUUGGCAAUUCCAGGUCGUGUACUGGUUGGUGAAGGAGUUCUCACAAAAAUGUGCCGCAAACGUCCAAAAUCUCGUCAAUUUUUUCUUUUCAAUGACAUACUUGUGUAUGGUAAUAUUGUAAUUGGAAAAAAGAAAUAUAACAAGCAACAUAUUAUGCCUUUGGAAGAAGUCUCUCUAGAAUCACUUGAAGAUAAUGGUCAAUAUCGUAAUGGCUGGCUCAUACGUACAACAACAAAGUCAUUUGUUGUUUAUGCCGCUACAAGUACGGAAAAGCAAGAGUGGAUGGCACAUAUCAACAAGUGUGUGGAGGAUUUGUUGCGUAAAAGUGGUAAAAAGCCAGUAGAAAAUCAUGCUGCCGUUUGGGUGCCCGACGCUGAAGCCACUCACUGUAUGCACUGCAAAAAGACCCAAUUCACAAUGAUUGUACGGCGCCAUCAUUGCCGUAAUUGUGGUGCUGUUGUCUGUGGUCCAUGUUCUUCUAAAAAGUUUUUACUGCCUCAGCAAAGUUCUAAGCCUGUACGCGUCUGUACCGCUUGCUAUGAACGACUUUCGAAAGCAGUUAAAGCAGAAUCAUCCAAAACGGCCAUAUCAAAUGCUGCACAAUCAGCGUCCAUGGAUGGCAAUGGCGCCGGUGCUGGCAAAAUAGCCGAUAGUUCUGGUGAUGACGAUUCGGAAGAGGAAGGUGCCGCAAAUGAAACGCACGAUGAGCCACGCUUUUACGGUGACACAACAUUGUCGGCUGAUGAGUCUACAGCAUCGUCCGCGGCGCUGAAUUCCAGUCACACACCCAGUGUAAAUAACUGAUGCGUACAGUCAAAGACUAAGGAGGGUGGGUUGUUAAACGAGAGCAGAGGUGGCGGGCCAGGGUGUAGAUACAGUCAAACUGUCACAAGAAGUAAUGGGUGUGAUAAUAUGCAGCGAAAUAAACAUAAACAAAAUAAUAAAGUUAAGCAGCAACAAAAAGAAGAAAAAAUUGAAUUGAA